AUCAUCUACAAUCAACUCACUCAGUCAUUUCUGAAAAGCAAUACACAUAAACACAUGGAGGGAACCGGAAAAGUGAAGAAGGGUGCCGCUGGAAGGAAGGGUGGUCCGAGGAAGAAGUCGGUCACUCGUUCAGUCAAAGCCGGUCUUCAGUUCCCCGUCGGUAGAAUCGGUCGUUUUCUGAAGAAUGGACGUUAUGCUAAGCGUGUUGGUACCGGUGCUCCGGUGUACCUUGCUGCCGUUCUCGAAUACCUUGCUGCGGAAGUAUUAGAGUUAGCAGGGAAUGCGGCCAGGGACAACAAGAAGCACAGAAUAAUCCCAAGACAUUUACUUUUGGCAGUUAGGAACGAUGAGGAACUUGGAAAAUUGUUGGCCGGAGUAACAAUUGCUCAUGGUGGUGUUCUACCGAAUAUCAACCCGAUUCUUUUGCCCAAGAAGACUGCUGCUGCCGCAGAGCCAAAAUCUCCUUCUAAGGCUGCCAAGUCACCUAAGAAAGCUGCAAAAGCCUAGUUUAAUGUUACAUUUAAUCCUAUGGGUUUUAAUCUGUUAAUCGUUUGUGGUUGAUUGUUCGUUAAAGAGCUUAGAUUAGUUUUUGUUAAUCAGAUGUAUCCAAUUCGAAUGAAUGAAACAGCUUGUUUCUUAA